AUGUUGCCGUGUGCCGCGCUGCUUCCCCUGCAGCAGCAGAGCAGUCGCCCCGCCAGCCUCGAAGCAUUCUCACGCCGCCCCAGGCCCUGCGCCUUCCCCGUCUUGUCGUCGCCCGGUGCCUUGCGCGAACAGUCUGCCGCGCGGCGCAGACCUUCCAAUAUGCAUCUCCUCCGCUGGCUGCCUUGUCUCGGUCUGGACGCCUGCGUGCCACGCCGCGUCUAUGGGUGCCGAGUCUGUAAGUACUUGCUGCUGCUCGCCACCGUCGACGGCCGGCCGGUACGAGCGCCGGCCGCACACCCUGGCGCUGGUCCUGCGUCGAAGACGACUCUUCCAGUCCCGUGCAGAUUGCUUUCGGAGCCAAUGGCCGUGUGUCUCAAUAUACCCAUUUGGCACAUGCACUGUGGGCCAGGGUACUUUUGCAGCAGUUUGCGGCGCAGCUUCAUCGCCUCUGCUGCCUGCUUCGGCUUGUACUCACUUUCCCACCCUUUCUUUUAUGCGUCCUGCGUCCUGCGCAUUGGGCCCGAGCCGUUCCGCUCCCGAGCGAGUCGAGUCUUUGGGAUUGUGGCAGUACAGCUCACCAGGCCCGUACUUCCGCGAUACGCCAGAUGUCAUCUAGACCGACCGGUCAUGAAAUGGUGGCCGUCCUCGAGGCUCCUUCCCGCGCUCAAUACCGAAUCGAUGGUUUCGUCGCCCACGGAGCCAAGUAUUGCCACCACUCUCUUCACUCUGCAUCUCAUCAUUCCAUUUUCACUGAAGCUUGUCGUCUAUUCCAUCAACUCGGAUCUCGUCAAAUUAUCUGUGCCGCAAAGCUAUCGGAAUUGUUCCCUUGCCGCGAUCCAGGGCCCUGGCAGCGAGGCUGUGUUAAGAUUAAGGACUACACGGCUUCUCGAACGCACCGAGACGGCAGGGCAUUCGCCAGUUGGCAGAGGAAGCCCAGUGCCUCGGUUGAACCCAAUCGUCAACUCCUCGAAUCAGAAUGGGGUCCGGCGGCCCAGGCACCCAAUUCUGAUCAACUCUACUUGGUGCAAUCCGCAAGCGUUCGAGCAGAUAAGCAACGCCCGUGGCUGA